GGAGAAGGGGACAAAUUCGAGUCAAAAAGACUCUUAGAUCAUAGUGGGUACGGUGGGGAUAUAGUAUCGUGAGGUGCCGCAUUUGAUGAUUAUCCAGAGCUGAACACUCAACCUAAUACCGUGCUUUAAAGCAGUUUCAUUUGCAAACUGUUGGUGUCUCAUGAAAAGUGCAAAGUGUAUUUAAUUUUUUAUUAGUGAUAGUUUAUUAAGACAGCCCAACUAAACAAACUCGGGCAUUAUCAACAACUGACAACGUCACUUUAUUUUAGUUAAUCAGGCAGAUUAUCUAUAUUACAGAGUCCACCAAUGGCCACGACCAGAGUGAUCUUGAGUUACCCGUGGAACGGCGGCGGGAAGGGUCUGAAUAAGACAUCAACCGAAGAAGAUCUCGGUAUCAGUGAAAAGGUGCUUAAAAUUGCACGCAAAGAAUUGCGUGAGGAUUCAUGUGCUCGUGAACAAUGCCUACAACAAAUCCGUGACUGGCUUAAGAAAAAUCCUGAUGUGAAUAAUGUGCGAAUGGAUGAUAAAUUUCUUUUACGAUUUCUUCGUGCCAAGAAAUUUAGUAUCCCUAUGGCGGAACAGACUCUCCUUAAAUAUCUCAAUUUCCGACGUACAUUUGCCCAUAUGACCACUAAACUAGACUUCCUGUCCCCUACAGUCAAUGAGCUCAUUUCUGGUGGAUAUAUCUUUGCAUCACCGAUUCGUGAUAAGAAUGGACGCCGUGUUGUUAUUGCAUUUGCAAAGAACUUUGAUCCAUCACGACACUGUAGCGCUGAUAUGGCACGUGCUCAUUUUAUUACAUACGAAACUCUCCUAGAGGAUCCUGAAAAUCAAAUUUUGGGUUUCACACAUAUUGGAGACAUGAGUGGGGUUUCAGCAGCACAUAUUACUUGUUGGAACGUUACAGAAUUUGCAAGAAUCAUGAAGUGGGGAGAACAAUCUGUACCAAUGCGCCACAAAGAAAUUCAUAUCGUUAAUGUACACACCACAGUUAAAUAUGUUGUGGACUUUGCUAAAUCUUUGGUGUCAAAAAAAAUUAAUGACCGCCUCAGUAUCCACGUGAAUGUGGAGAAUUUAAUCAAGAAGGUGGACAAGGAGUGUCUCCCACUCGAAAUGGGCGGUUCAAUGCCCAUGGCCGAAAUGAUUGAAUUAUGGAAGGCCGAAAUGGCAGCAAAACGGGAUGUUAUCCUGUCUCUAGAUGAGAUGGCGUUGCUGAGUGACAGAGGUAUCAUUAGUAGCCGUGAUAAGAAUAACAAUAGCAACAGUCUCACACAGAUGGAUUCUAUCGCUGGAAGUUUUCGGAAACUCGAAGUCGAUUGAUAACAAUGUUUUGCUUGAUUUUGGUUCUUUCAUACUGAUUUUCUUAGGCUAGUUUUAUUCCAUUUUCCAUUGCAGAAGUUUAUUAUUCUCUUACAUUUUUAUUUACAUGAGAAUUUUCACUUUUUACCAACUAUAUACAAGACAAUUAAUUGGAAACUUUUUUAUGCAAUUCUAAAGUUUACCAAUAGUAAUUCGCUUUCAUGUUUUGCUUUUAUUUAUCAAUAAAUUUCUGCUGAAAAAAGACUUUCAAAUAUAACAAUUUAUACUUAUAAAUAUUUUUCUGUAGAAAAUUAUUUGUAUGUAAUAUCAGUUACUACAAAUCUUUGUUAGCGGUGAAUUUUGUUUGAUCUCGGGGAUUGAAAUUUUUCAGGGCACUGUACAAAUAAGCAGUAAAAAUUUAAAAUUGACAAGUUACAAAAAUGGGCAGUAAAUUCAAUUCAGUGUGGAAGGCAGGAACUUUUCCUGUUUUUACUUAUAGUGUAGAAUUAUUUGUGUCAUAUGCUUGCUUCAACUGACGCUUAUAAAAAAAAAAACAAUCUUAAAAAAGCAAACAUUCAAAACAGUGUAAUUAUCAUGCAAAUUAAAAAAAAAUCUGUGUAGCCUGCAAUAUUUUUAGUUGAAAUAUAUAAAUUAGUCCCAUUUUUGAAAGAAAAAAAUCUAGACUUUUUACUGUUUAUUUGUUCUUUGCCUUUUCUCACAAGAGACACUGUUCAUAAAUGUAACUAUUGAGUUUGAAGCUGUUUCGAAAUAUUUAAGAUUCAAAAGUUAAAGGAACUUAAAGGACUAAACUUAAAGAAAUAUAAAAUAGAAAUAAUAAAUUUCUUUCUUUGGGAAACAGACUUAAACCUUGAAGAAAGUAACGAAUUUUUAUACUAAUUCGAGAUAUAUAUGCUUUAAAAUUCAUUACCGUUGAUACUAAAAAUAAUUUUUAUACAGUGUCUCAUCAGCCUUUUGCUUACAUUUUAAUGCUAAAAUUAUCUAUCUAAAAUUUCUAUUCCUUCUUUAUUGUAAUAUUGUAUAUAUUGUUUUCUUUUCUUAUUCAAUGAAGGAAAUAAAAUUGUAUGAAACAAAA